AAAAUCACCCAAUAAUUGUGCCAAUAAUAAAAGUAGCUUUGACCCUUGACUCCAAAGAUGUCUAGUGAUCUUACCAUAACAAAAAAAGCAAUGGAGACUAAGUUUAGCUAUGGAGGUUCUCUCCCAGUUGAGAGUGUUCAAGAUCUAGCUUCAAAAAACCAGACAGAAAUCCCAACUCGCUAUCUCCAACCCGAACCCGAACUCCAUCAAAUUCCUGUCCUAGAAUCACUUGAGCUGCCUGUAAUUAAUAUGACCAAACUUCUUGAUCAUCAACAUCCAUUGCACCAUGAUGAAUUGGCAAAACUCCAUUCAGCUUGUAAGGAAUGGGGAUUCUUUCAGUUAAUUAAUCAUGGGGUUUCAGAAGAAGUCAUUGAGAAUAUGAAGAUUGACACAGAAGAAUUCUUCAAAAUGCCAUUAGAGAAGAAAAAAGCUUAUGCCCAACAGCCAAAUAGUCUUGAAGGCUAUGGCCAGGCCUUUGUUAAGUCUGAAGACCAAAAGCUUGAUUGGGGAGAUAUGUUCUAUGUUCAAGCUCUUCCUGUCUCUGCCAGAAAUAUGAAAUUUUGGCCUACUCAACCUAUUUCCAUGAGAGAAAGUGUGGAUAAAUACUCAAGGGAGCUGCAGAAAGUAGUGCUUUGCUUAUUGAAAUUUAUUUCUAGAAACCUUAGGCUAAAUUCAGAGACACUUACUAGUAAUUUUGAGGAUGGAAGACAAGGUAUGAGAAUAAAUUACUACCCUCCUUGUGUUCAAGCUAACAAAGUUAUGGGGCUCACUCCACAUUCUGAUGCCACUGGAUUGACUAUGCUGCUACAAGUAAAUGAUGUACAAGGUCUGCAGAUUAAGAAAAAUGGCAAAUGGAUAGUUGUGAAACCUGUCCCAAAUUCAUUCAUAGUCAACAUUGGUGAUGUCAUUGAGAUAAUGAGCAAUGGUGAGUACAAGAGCAUAGAACACAGAGCUGUUGUGAACCCGGAGAAGAAACGUAUUUCCAUAGCUGCCUUUCAUGGUCCACAUGCUAAAAGCAAUGUUGGCCCUUUACCAGAGCUAGUGAAAAAGAAUAAGCCUAUGUAUAAAACUAUUAGCACAGAGGAUUAUCUCAGACUUUUGUUCAGCAAAAAACUUGAUGGGAAAAGCCACAUAGAUUGUCUGAAGGAGUAGUUGCUGGCUCAUACGACCACAAAAUAUUACUUGAUGUACAAUAAACACAGCACCAUCUUCUCUUUCAAAUUCCAAUGUUGUUAAGUCGUUCCAUGAUUUAAUUUGCAAUUGAAUAAAGUUUCAAACUUUCUGUA